GCGGGAAUGGACAAAGCUGGGAAUCGAUACUUUACUCGAAUGGAAGAAAUUGAUGGUGUCAGUAAUGAAAGAGAAACGAUGGGUGGUAUUCAAAGGAGAGCAGGAACCAACUUCAGUUCCAGUCGAAUGGAUAUGUUGGCUGAAUGGACAGCGAAAGAUAACUCCUACGCCUGAGGAAAUGGCUGAGCUUGAGGCUAGACGGGAACGUGUUAGACUCAAUGUUGCUCUUCUCAAGAAAGAAGAGGAGGAAAGGGGGGCCAAAGGUCUUAGUCAAGAAGCUGCUAAGACUGGUAAAGUUGUAGGGCCAGACUUGAAGAGUUUUAUCCGGCAGCUCCCAGUUACUUCAGAAGGUGAUGGACGUGGGGAAGCACUUGAUGCAUCAGGGAGGGCCUCCAAAGCAACUGAUUCAGAGAAGCAACCACCAUAUGAAGUUAGACAAAAACAAGAAGAUUCUUCCGAGCCUACGGGAACAGGUGAAUCGUUCAGACCAGGGACAUGGCAACCUCCAACAUGACUACGUGAUACUACUAUAUGCUUUACCAUCGAGUGAUGAUGGGUGGUCAUUUUGUGAUUUUUGCUCCUCAAAGAUCGUCUUUUUCAAUUAUUUCCAAGGGGGUUUUAACGCCAAAAUUUUGACCCUUACAAUUACAUGGACAAUGACAUGAAUUUUCUGAGCUCUCUAGUUAACUGGGAGGCUGAAUGUGUAUUUGCCCUUUUACAGUAGUGUAAAUCGUUUGUUACAGUGGCGAUGAAUCAUCUCUUCCCUGCAA